AUGGGUACUGGUUUGGACAGGUUUCUGUGGUCAGUACUGCUGCUGCUGCCAGUCUUUGGGCUAUCUGAGGCUCUGCCAGAAAGCUGGCUGCCUGGGGAAUAUUCAGACACCAUCAGUGAUGCACAAAGGUUCCUCAGUGACUACAACAGCACCGCCGAGGAGGUGUUUUUCCACAGUGUCUCUGCCAGCUGGAACUACAACACCAACAUAACAGACCACAACUCAAAGCUUCAGGUAAGUGCAUCUCUUGAAGAACAGGCAUUCGUGGAGGCAUGGGGGAUGAAGGCUAAGCAGGUCUUCUCUUCUGGAGUUCUCGACACCCUUCCUGACCCUAAAGACAAAAAACUGAUGGAAAAGAUCAAGCUACUCGGUGCUGCCAACCUUCUCCCGGAAGAAAGAGAGAAGUAUAACACCAUUCUGAGCACCAUGGACAAUAUUUAUUCGACAUCUAAGGUGCACCCACAGCCAAACAUCAGCUGGAGUCUGGAACCUGAGCUCACAGAGAUCAUGGCUAGCUCCAGGAGCUACAAGACGCUGCUGUAUGCCUGGGAGGGCUGGCACAAUGCGUCAGGUGUGCCACUCAAAAACUACUAUCCGAGCUUUGUGGAGCUCAGCAACAAAGCCUCGCGAGCUGAUGGAUUUCAGGACACUGGAGAUGACUGGCGCUCUUGGUAUGAGACUGAAACCUUUAGGCAGGACUUGGAAGAAAUCUACAAGACCAUUGAGCCCCUCUACCUGAAUCUGCACGCCUUUGUUCGCCGCCAGCUCUACAACCAGUAUGGCCCCAAGUACAUCAACCUUAAAGGACCUAUCCCUGCUCACUUGCUAGGAAAUAUGUGGGCCCAGACCUGGAACAACAUUUAUGAUAUGAUGAUCCCAUUUCCUGACAAACCUAACAUUGAUGUGACUGAUGAAAUGGUCAGACAAGGCUAUAACGCCACACACAUGUUUCGUGUGGCCGAGGAGUUCUUCACCUCUCUGGGUUUGGAGAGGAUGCCUGAGGAGUUCUGGGAGGGAUCCAUGCUGGUUAAGCCUCAGGGUCGAGAGGUGGUGUGCCACGCGUCUGCCUGGGACUUUUACAAUCGCAAGGACUUCAGAAUUAAGCAGUGCACCACAGUCACGAUGGAACAGCUCUUCACUGUACACCAUGAGAUGGGACAUAUUCAGUACUACCUGCAGUACAAGGACAAGCCUGUGGGCUUCCGCCGCGGAGCCAACCCUGGUUUUCACGAGGCUAUCGGUGAUGUUUUGUCCCUUUCCGUUUCUACGCCCAAGCAUCUGGAAACCAUUAAUCUUCUGGAAUCUGUGACAUCUGACAUCGAAACUGACACCAACUACCUGCUAAAAAUGGCUCUGGAGAAGAUAGCCUUCCUUCCCUUUGGCUACCUUAUCGACCUCUGGAGAUGGGAUGUGUUUAGUGGAAAGACCCCUCCGGAGCGUUACAAUGCUGACUGGUGGUAUCUCAGAACAAAAUAUCAAGGCAUCUGCCCACCCACCAGGCGUACAGAGGAGCACUUUGAUGCUGGGGCAAAAUACCACAUCCCUGGGAACACGCCGUACAUCAGAUAUUUUGUCAGCUUCAUCCUUCAGUUCCAGUUUCAUGAAAAACUUUGCGAAGCAGCCAGGCACACAGGUCCCUUGCACACAUGUGACAUCUACCGGUCUGCAGAGGCGGGAGCCAUUUUAAAGAAAGUCCUUCAGGCCGGCUCAUCUGAAAGCUGGCCAGUUGUGCUCCAGGAUGCUAUAGGCACUGAUAAAUUAAACGCCAGCUCCCUCAUGAAGUACUUUGAGCCUAUUAUUGACUGGUUGAAGAAGCAAAAUGUUAAUGAGACGUUGGGAUGGCCAGACUUCAACUGGGUACCACCUAUGCCUGAAGGCUACCCAGAGGAUAUUGACAAGAACACAGAUGAGCUUGAUGCACAGAAGCUUCUGGAAGAGUACAACAGUACAGCUGAGGUGGUAUGGUAUGCAUACACUGAGGCCUCCUGGAAGUACAACACCGACAUCAAUGAAGCCAAUAAGCAGGCAAUGCUUGAAAAGAACCUGGAGAUGUCAGCACACACCUUGAAGUAUGGACUGCAGGCCCGUCAGUACGACACCACUGACUUCCAAGAUGGCUCGGUCAAACGCAUCAUUAAAAAACUCAGUGACAUCGAGAGGGCUGCGCUCCCCUCAGCAGAACUGGAAGAGUACAAUACACUCCUGUCCAACAUGGAGACCAAGUACAGUGUGGCUGAGGUCUGCAGAGAGAAUAAUGAAUGCCUCCCUCUGGAUCCAGAUCUCCAGAAGAUCAUGGCAGAGUCCAGGGAUUACGAUGAGCUGCUAUUUGCCUGGAAAGGAUGGAGAGAUGCUGCUGGCAAAGUACUCCGUCAGGAUUAUAAGAGAUAUGUUGAACUGGCCAACAAGGCUGCCACACUAAAUGGUCACUCUGAUAAUGGAGCUUUCUGGCGUUCCCUGUAUGAAACGCCUACCUUUGAAGAAGAUCUGGAGACUCUGUGGAAGGAGCUGGAGCCACUCUAUCUGAACUUGCAUGCUUAUGUUCGAAGGGGUCUAUAUAAUAAGUAUGGCUCCAACCAUAUCAACCUAAAGGGGCCUAUUCCUGCUCAUUUACUUGGCAACAUGUGGGCACAGACGUGGUCUGGCAUAAUGGAUUUGGUCAUGCCCUAUCCAGACGCCACACAGGUUGACGCCACCCCAGCCAUGGUGCAGCAGGGAUGGGAUGCCAUCAGAAUGUUUCAGGAAUCUGACAAAUUUUUCACCUCUCUGGGUUUGGAGCCAAUGCCGCCGGAAUUCUGGAGCAAAUCUAUGCUGGAGAAGCCGUCUGAUGGACGCCAGGUGGUGUGCCACGCCUCUGCGUGGGACUUCUAUAACCGAAAAGACUUCAGGAUCAAGCAGUGCACUGUUGUCACUAUGGAUGACCUGAUCACCGUGCACCACGAGAUGGGCCACAUUCAGUAUUUCCUGCAGUACAAGGACCAGCCCGUGUCCUUCCGUGACGGAGCCAACCCCGGCUUUCACGAGGCCAUCGGAGAUGUGCUUGCCUUGUCUGUGUCAACACCCAAACAUCUGCAGAGCAUCGGCCUCCUGGACAAGGUUGAGAACAACUAUGAGAGUGACAUCAACUUCCUGAUGAGCAUGGCACUUGACAAGAUUGCCUUCCUACCUUUCGGCUACCUAAUGGACCAGUGGAGGUGGAAGGUGUUUGAUGGACGCAUCCCGCACACCGAGUACAAUAAAGAAUGGUGGAACCUCAGAUUGAAGUACCAGGGGUUGUGCCCACCUGUAACACGCACUGAGGAGGACUUUGACCCAGGUGCAAAGUUCCACAUCCCUGCUAACGUUCCCUACGUCAGGUAUUUUGUCAGCUUCGUCAUCCAGUUUCAGUUCCACAAAGCUCUGUGUAAUGCUGCCAAGCAUAAUGGACCUUUAUACACCUGUGACAUCUACCAAUCCAAAGAAGCUGGAAAGCUCUUAGGUGAUGUAAUGAAGCUGGGCUUCAGCAAGCCCUGGCCUGAGGCUAUGGCUAUGAUCACUGGCGAGUCCAAAAUGAGUGCCCAGCCACUCAUGGAGUACUUCCAGCCUCUUAUUGAAUGGCUCGAGAAGGAGAACAGCAAGAACAAUGAUGUUCGCGGAUGGCCAGAUUACGACUGGAAGCCUUUUAGUGAAUCUUCAACAGGUGAAGCUAAAACUGUGGAUUUCCUGGGUUUAAAUGUGAACAGGUCGGCUGCCAUAGCCGGCCAGUGGAUCCUGUUGGCCCUCGGCGUGCUGCUCUUGGUGGCCACCGUCCUUACGGCCUACAUGUACAGGAAGGCAAGAAAGCCGGAAAAGUCCCUGUCUACUAUGGAGCUGAAGCAAAAAGAUUAGCCGUGUUUGACGACUGAACGCCGAAAGUGAAGCCUGACUUACUGUAGCUGGCACAAUACCAACCUCAAUGUGAACAUCAGUGUUUUUUGUGUACUGCACAACAUCUGAACAAAUUUGCUCCUCAUGUUUUGUCUGCCUACCAACUCUUGCAUAUUUAUUGUAUACACAAAAACACAAGAUUCCUUACUUGCCUAUGCAAAAGAACACAUGCAAUUUUUUUUGUAAUUUAUUUGUAAGCUUUUAUGUUAAAGAAGGAAGAGUUUUAAAAUGAAAAUUUGUCAUUCAUUGUGUAAGUGUUUCUGAAUAUUUGAUUUUUUUUUCUAAUUAGUUGAAUCCUCAGCAUUUCUACAAUAAAGACAUUAAAUAUU